CGCUCGCCAAAGAGCGCAGCCAUUACUGCGCGAAUAACCCAGGCGGUCGCUUACGUAAACUACACAGCUAUACUUCAACAGCAGUGUUUUGCAGAGUGAAAAACUAAAAUUCAAUGAGUCGGGGGGCAUGGAAAAAGUCCGGAUGCGCUGGAUGAGUGUAAAAAGAACACUACUGCACAUACAAGAUAAAUCCAACCAGGAAAGCUACCUUCAUGACAUAUAAAACGGCAGUGCCAACUCUCUUAAACGUAAAAGGGAGAUAAGUACUGCACUGAACGGGAAUGAACGGCAGCCCGAGCAAUGACUCGUUCCUAAGCGGGAGCGAACUAUCGCGGUCGCGCACUGGUGAAGACGUCUUUGAAUCCACGGACACUCCUGGCAGCGCAUCGCAGGCGGCCCAUGCGCUACAGGCAGCGCAGACGGCCGAUGCUGCCGCUCCCAUCAUCCUCUACCCAGUGAGCUCCGAAAGGGUUAUUUCCACAACCACCUCGGAUGGCAAAACCAUUUUUAAGAUCACUACAGGACCAGUCCCUACAAUGCCAAAGCCACCCCCUGCUGGCAGUGCAGAGAAAAUCGCGGCUCCAGAGUUCAGCUACCAGGCCAUCGUGUUCCUGAUUGAGGCUGUAGCCCGCCGCUGGAGGCUGUAUGGCUCGCGGGAACGCGCCCAGCUCUUCCAGGGCGUGCAGCAGGAGCUGGAGGGCCAGGGAUACUGCAUGCCUGUGGAGAGGAUCCGCCGCAAGUGGAACAACCUCAUUGUCACGUACAAGCGCGUUAAGGACAGGAGCCGCGAGACAGGCCAGGCCAAGACGUCCUGGGAGUUCUAUGAGAUGAUGGAUACCAUGCUUGGCGACACGAUUGGUGCUCAGGUCGGUGGGAGCACGUCAGCAACCCUGCUGGACGUGGGCAAGGAAACAGCUUCCGCUAACCUGGGCAACGACACCAAGCAAGGCCUGCUGUCCCCCUGCGGCCUUGCCCCCUCCUGCGUCCAGAUUCCCACCCUCGUCCCUGCUUCCCCGCUCCCACCCGCCAACCUGGACCUGUCUCCCUUGGUUCCUGGACCCCCCCGCAGCACAGGCCGGCCCCGCGCACGCCAGAAGCCGCGGCGCGAUUCGGGUUGCAUGCCGGCGCCCAUCUCUUCCCCGGCCCGUCAACGGGACCAGGCUGAGGAGUGCGCCUCCCUGCUGCGCAGCCUAGCCAGCAACCAGGAGGAGCGCAGUCGGCAGGAGGAGGUGCGGCUGCGCCGGGGAGAAGCCCGUGAGAAGCGUCGGGAGAGGAGGGAGAACAAGAUGCUGGAGGCCCUGGGGAGGAUGGCCACUGCCCUGGAGCUACUGUCUGCCAAACAGGACACCAUCAUCGCCUUACUGCAGAGGCUGGCAGACAGGCAGUGAGGCAGCGUGGCCAGCUGUGGGUGCCGAAGGCUGCUGGAGGGGGGUGGGGGGGUUGGCACAGGCCAUCUGGACUGCACCUGUGUUGAUUGCACUCCUGCUUCUUCUUAAGAGCCUUGUCUCAUUUCCUGCAUUAGGUUUCAUUCUGUGGAGGGAGAAUCGAUCUACGUCAUUCUGCUGCACGGGGUAUGUGAAUAUCAGCUGACUGCAAACCCCGUUCACCACAGACUUCUGCCCCUAUUGUCCGCAUUCUGUUGCUGAUGGUAGAUGACCGUUAACUUUUUUUAGCUGAAUGUUUUUGCAGUUAUCAGAUUUGUUUUGUUUUUGUUCGGGUGAAUUAUCUGGGUUUGAAUUAAAUGCUGUUUGUUGUCAGUGUUUUGCUUUUGUAUGCCGUGUUGUUUAAUGAAAGGUAUGGUAUGAUAAAAGCAUGGAUAACUAUUUCCAGGUCCUUAGGAGAUUAAAUCAGCUUUAAUUUG